AGCGUCUCUUUGCGACUUCAAUGACAGGCAAAAUGUGCGACAGCCGCUCGCUGGGCAAGGAGGAAGCUACUUAAGAGGCUAUUCGCCUUGUUUAAAGGCAGGGUUGGCUUGCUGCCUUGCACUCUUCAGUUCCCUCCUCCGCCCUUCUAGUGGUCGGGACAGCGUGUUUAGGAAGAAGGGAAAGCAUUCGGGGAGCAGACUGUGAGGGCUUGACCUAAGUUUGGAGUUUAGAUGAGAGCGUAGUUUCCUUUCUCUUCCCACCCCCCCCACCCCCCACCCCCUUGAGCCCGGGUCUUGCCGGCAGCAGCCUCCAAGUGUACAGUUCAGGCAGGAGGAGGGGCCGCUCCCGGCUGCAUUAGCGUCCAACAUGGAUAGAGAAAUGAUACUGGCUGAUUUUCAGGCAUGUACUGGAAUAGAAAAUAUUGAUGAGGCUAUCACCUUACUUGAACAAAAUAACUGGGAUUUAGUGGCGGCCAUCAAUGGAGUUAUACCACAGGAAAAUGGCAUUUUAGAAAGUGAAUAUAGUGGGGAGUCUUUACAAAGGCCUGCCUAUGGUCCCGCUAGUCAUCCUUCGUCGUCAUCUUCAGCAUCUUCCUCCUCUUCUGCAUUUCGUCACGUAGUGCCAUCUAGACAAAUAGUGGAAAGACAACCGCGAAUGCUUGACUUCAGAGUGGAAUACAGAGAUCGAAAUGUGGAUGUGGUGCUUGAAGACAGUUCUACAGUUGGAGAGAUCAAACAUAUUUUAGAAAAUGAGCUGCAGAUUCCUGCAUCAAAAAUGUUGCUAAAAGGCUGGAAGACUGGAGAUGUAGAUGAUAGUACUAUUCUAAAAACUCUACACUUGCCCAAAAACAACAACCUGUAUGUCCUAACACCCGACUUGCCACCACCGUCUUCAUCAAGUUUGCCAGGUGCCCUGCAGGAAUCAUUAAAUCAAAACUUCAUGCUGAUCGUCACCCAUCGAGAAGUCCAGCGGGAGUACAACCUCAACUUCUCAGGAAGCAGUACCAUCCAGGAGGUUAAACGAAAUGUGUAUGACCUGACUAGUAUCCCUGUUCGUCAUCAAUAUUGGGAAGGCUGGCCUGCUUCUGCUACAGAUGACUCAAUUACUUUAGCAGCCUCAGGAAUCUCUUAUCCUUGCCAUCGACUUACAGUUGGAAGGAGGUCUUCACCAGCACAAACUAGAGAACAAUCAGAAGAGCAAUGCACAGAUGUACAUAUGGUUAGUGACAGUGAUGGAGAUGAUUUUGAAGAUGCUACUGAAUUUGGAGUGGAUGAUGGAGAGAUGUUUGGUAUGGCAUCAUCUGCACUGAGAAAAUCUCCAAUGAUGCCGGAAAAUGCUGAAAAUGAAGGAGAUGCCUUAUUACAAUUCACAGCAGAAUUUUCUUCAAGAUACGGUGAUUGCCAUCCAGUAUUUUUUAUUGGAUCUUUAGAAGCUGCCUUUCAAGAGGCAUUCUAUGGGAAAGCUAGAGAUAGAAAGCUUCUUGCUGUCUACCUCCACCAGGAUGAAAGUGUGCUGACUAAUGUAUUCUGCUCUCAAAUGCUUUGUGCUGAAUCUAUUGUUUCCUACCUGAGUCAAAACUUUAUAACAUGGGCAUGGGAUAUGACAAAAGAAGCAAAUCGAGCAAGAUUUCUAACAAUGUGCACAAGACACUUUGGCAGUGUUGUAGCCCAAACUAUUCGGACUCAGAAGACAGAUCAGUUUCCAUUGUUCCUUAUUAUUAUGGGAAAACGAUCAUCAAAUGAAGUAUUGAAUGUAAUACAAGGAAACACAACAGUGGAUGAGUUAAUGAUGAGGCUGAUGGCUGCAAUGGAGAUCUUCAGUGCUCAACAGCAAGAAGACAUAAAAGAUGAGGAUGAACGUGAGGCCCGAGAAAAUGUGAAGAGAGAACAAGAUGAAGCUUACCGAAUCUCUCUGGAAGCUGAUAGGGCAAAACGGGAAGCACAAGAAAGAGAAAUUGCAGAGCAGUUUCGCUUGGAACAGAUUAGAAAAGAACAAGAGGAAGAGCGUGAAGCUAUAAGACUCUCUUUAGAGCAGUCAUUGCCUCCUGAACCAAAACAGGAGAGCACCGAAUCAGUUAGUAAACUACGUAUCCGAACACCCAGUGGAGAAUUCUUUGAACGGCGUUUCCUGGCCAGUAGCAAACUGCAGGUCGUCUUUGAUUUUGUAGCUUCCAAGGGCUACCCUUGGGAGGAAUUCAAGCUACUAGGAACUUUUCCCAGGAGAGAUGUAACCCAGCUGGAUCCAAAUAAAUCAUUAUUGGAGUUAAAACUGUACCCUCAAGAAACACUUUUUCUAGAGGCAAAAGAAUAGAUGAAGCCAGAUUGGAGGACUAAGUAAUUAUUUGAUAAUGAAUAAGGCACGGCGAAGGCUUUAUCCAAAUCACUGUGUCCUAUCAUUUAAAUCAGAUCAAUGUCCCAACUCUGCCUCUUUCAAGAAUCUGGGAAAAAAGAAUAAACAUAGUUCCAUAAAAAUUUCCCAUACAUGAGUAUGUGUUUUCAACCUCAUUUAAAAGAGCAGAGAAAAUACUUUGCUACAAACACUGAACACUAGAAUCUGUUGCUCACUUACCAUCUGGCUUUUGUUAUAACUAAUACACUGUUAAAAUGUGAGUGAUUGUCCAGUAGAAUUUUUACUCCUCAAUUACCCCUUUUUUCACCAAGAAUUCUUGGACAUUUCUGCCUGUACUUUUGACACUAGAAUACUGUAUAUUUGAUAUCUUGCUAAACCAGUGCUCUCAUAUAUGUGCAUUUUCUUUUCUGUGUUUGAAAUUCGAUUUUGCCACCUAAUUUCUUUUUAAAGGCAGAAAAAAACAAUAAAUGGGACAUUUUCAUCCUUGAAGAUUUAACAGUAUUGUAGUAGUAGAAAGCAGAGGGUGUUUUUUUUUCCCCUAUACUUUCUGACUCUUUCAUAAGAUGUAAGCUUUUGUUUGGAGAAGAUAGUUUGACAUAUAUGCAAGAUAUUUAUUUACUGAUUUUUAUUUUGCUUCGGAUCUCAGUCCAGAUUCAGUUUGGGGAGUAUUUUCCAUUACCUUGCAGUGUGUUGAACUGCUGAUAAUAUGAGUAUCUAAAUAAUGUUUUAAAAAAGGAACUGUAGUGAAUGUCUAGUACCUAAGCUAACAGUUCAGAAAAAACAGGUUUUGGCUAUGAAUGUCCAAAGCAGCACAAAUAGUAAAAUUAUUUGCUCAUCAUUGUAGAAGAAAUUACAGGGCUCCUCCCCCCCCCUCCCCUCCCCUCCUCUGUUUCAUUUCUUUUUGCUUUUUUUCCAUUCUGACACUGGUUUGUAUUCUUUUUCUUGCAGUUUUAAGCACCUUGUUUGUUUCACAAACAAUAAAAAUGUAAAAUUACAGUGUACUAAGAAAUGUUUGCAAAUUUUGAUUAUGGGCCUGAGAAAUGUGUACAUCUAUUCAGGGGGCUGAUCUAUCCAGGUGGUUAGAAAAUUUAGAACAUUCAAAUCAGCAUGUUGCUUAAAGCUACAUCAGAAUAGUUUUGUAAGCUUUUUUUUAAAAAAUGUGAAUUACAAACUGUAGGCUUAGACUGUGGCAUACAAAAGCACCAUGGAAAAUUCAUUUUCUAAAGAAUACAUUUGUUCUCCCUUAUUUCUCCAUUUGACAUAUCUUCUUUAUUGUAGCAGACUGCCGUCCUGUUGUAAGAAGUAAUACAAAUUGGAAAAAAAUAUGCAUUUUUAUGCAUUUUUUGUCUAAUUCUCUUCUGGGUGGAGUAAUGAACUUAGGAACUAUUUUAAGUGUUUAAGGAUACAGAUAUAUUAUUUUUACCAAAUAUGGAAAAAGUGGAGAAGUGGAGAGGUAUGAAUCUUAUAAAAUUCUGUUAGGACAUAUAUUAGAAGAACUAAUCUAUUUGUGUCAAUCAAAAUUGUUGUAUGUGUGGUAUGUUUUAAUCACCUCUGGUGCACACAAAUAAAUAAAUAAAUCCUCAAAUUGCCAAGGGAAGAAACUUGUAAUGGAAAAAUUCAACUACUCAUUUAUGCUGAACAAGUUGAAAAUGGAGAUAACAAACAUAAAGAUUUCUUUUUUUCCACAGAUAAGCUGGAGAAUGGAAUCUAGCUUGUGCGAAGUAAGUCCUGUGGAGGCCAUUUAGAAAAAAACGGCUUACUUAUUUUUUUUCAUUGAAAUCAAAGGGGCUUAAUAAUGCUUUACAGCAUGCAGAAAAACCUUUUUUUUAACCCCCAAUGACAAGGUGCAAUGUACACAUUUUAACCAAAUAGUCCCAUUAAAAUAGUGUAGAAGCAAAUGGAAUUUGGACUGCAAUUUCAAUUGGCAAAUCCUCAAGAUGCCCUUUCGUUGUUCUACUUCUUUUUAAACAUACUUCUUGCUGAAAUAUCGAUAUAUAUUGUAUUGGAUCCAGGGUGAUCAUCUGAGAAUGGAAAGGUUCUUUUUGUUGGUAGAAGGAGCCCAGCAAGUUUGUAGGAGUACAGGUAUCGGGAAAUUGUUAUUAAUUAAUAAUUGAUUGUUUUCAAUCAGUUUUUAAGGUACACUUUCAUCUCCUCUUUAUCAGUUCUGUCCAUGCUUCCCUUUUAUCAAUUCUGACUUCAACAUUUGUUUGUAUCAGAUGAAGAAAAAAAAUUAUUUGUCGCAACUUAAAAAUGAGGCUCUAAACUAAGGCACAGAUUAGGCUUUAGAUUAGCUUAAUAUGUGGCUUUGGGAAUAGGUUUUUUCAGUGAAUGAAGUCAUAAAUCCAAGGCAAGUGCCUUAACAACUGUCAGAAAUGAUCACUGGUCCAUAUUUCAACCAGUUAGUUUCCCGUUUCCUUCCACAAGGAUGGUCAGCAUUUGUGGACUUAUGAAUAUUUUGUGGCUGGUAAUGUAGACAUAUAUGGCAUUGGUUUUGAUCUCCUUUGUGGAAUCCACUUAUCAUUUAGACCACAUAAAAAUGCUCAUCUAUUAUUGCUGUUCUCUUUGAAUAAGUGAGUCAUCUUCUUGGAGGGCUAUAAAGAUACAUCUUCUUCUUGAAAUAAAAUAUUGGUAAUUAGUGCUCAAUUCUCCAUGUUUGGAUUUUUAAUGUUUGUUACCAUUUUUAAAAAGUAGUGAUUAAAAAUGUUUUGCAGAUGUGGA